AUGAGCCCCUCCCUCCAUAUCCUCCUCUCCUUUCCCUCCCUCCCUCUCCCUUUCCCCAUCAAUUUCCCCCUUCCCUUCCCCCCCUCCCCCUCCCCCUGCCGCCCCAUCCUCCCUGCAGCGUGUCCCGACCUGCACACGUGCCAGCAGGCCGUCGCUAUCGGCAAUGGGCAAGGCCGCAUGGGCUACUCCAAGCUCUUCCGCGUCAAUUCCGCCCUCUACUACGACCAACUGCUGCUCGGUGCAGCUGGGUGGGACGACUCUGUUCUCGACACGGUGCCUCUACUAGUGGAUGAGCGGCCGGAUUCCGGAGGAAUGCCCUGUAUGACUGAACGCUUCUACCUCGUAAGGAGAGGAGACACGUGCGUCAAGCUGAUAGCGUCUCGAUACAAGCGCAAGGUGGACCUGUUCCGGUCACUCAAUGGAGGCUUUGACUGCACUGUGUCGUCGCUGUGGGUGGGCAUGCAGCUCUGCCUGCCAUAA